AUGUCCGCUGCUUUCAAGACUAAGAGUUCCUAUGAAUUUCUCUUGUCUGGGAUUUCAACCCUCACCUCGACUAUUUACAGUCCACCAUUUGGAACGUCUCACGACAUGUUUUGGCAAUUAGAGUUCAUUCCUUCUUCAUCGGAAGAGCCAGACUACUGUGCUGCUUUCUUAUUCGCGAUACCGAAUCAUGAAGAGGCAAAUACUAACUCUACUUGGGCAAGGCGUAAUAAUUUGAGUGCCAAACUAUUCUUGAAAAAUCCCAGAAAUAAUGCACUCUAUAAGAAAACUCCUGUGAAAAUGAACUCAUUUUCUGCGAAAUUAUCUGGCUGGGGAUGGGAGGCCUUCUAUAAAAAGGCAACAUUACCGGAUCAAGUGAUUUUUGGGGUAGAAUUUGAAAAAGUCGAAAUUGGACUAGUCUCACAGAAGUGGCCAUUGCCAAGUAAUCCGCAUCCAUACAAUCAUGUGCCAGAUGAUUUGGUGCGAGCUUGGGAAGGACAAUUAAAUAAUCCGCAAAGUGCGGAUGUACAAUUUAGUGUUCAAGGGAAGAUAAUUUACGCGAAUUCUGCUAUCCUUUCACAGCGAUCAAAAUAUUUUCGACAGAUAUUUCAGGGGUCAUGGGCUGAAUCUGCUGAUAAUAAUACUAUUGUAAGAUCUGCUACGCCUACAAUCAUCUCCGCCAAUGCGUCUGCUAUUAUUCCAGCAGAUGCGCACCUUGUUAAUCAAUCGAAGUUCGCUCAUAAUAUUGAUGUGCCUGAUUUUCAUGACGAAACUUUUCUUGAGAUGCUUCGUUUCCUUUACACUAAUCGUGUGGCAUUUACCGAUACCAAGGAUGAAGAUACUCACACAACUGCACUUGAUAUGUUUUGCAUUGCGGACAAAUAUUUGAUUGAUGAUUUAAGGCAACUAGCAAAAUUAGAUAUAUUUAAAGAUUCAAAUGUCAAUGAUGCUGCGGAAUUUCUUUUCGGUACCGCGUGGAAAUAUCCAGAAUUGAAAGAACAAGCUAUGAAAUUUGUUGUUAGUAAUUUUGUUGCUGUACGACAAACCGCCUCGUUCAAGAAUAUUCUCGCAAACCCGAAUGAAUAUCCCGCUUAUACAGAUUUAAUGAAUGAGAUAUUUGAGGAAUUAUUUCCUGCUACAGGAGUCGAAAAUACUGGAAAACCUGCAAAGGAUGAUUAG